UCUAAAAAGCCCAAUCAUUCUUUCCCCUUAGUUUCUCUUUCCUCUUUCUCUCUCCUCAAUCCCUAUGGUCUUCUCCUGUAAGGAAGAAGCCCCUAGGGUUUCACAGGCUACGGCUAUCGGUUUAUCUUCCUCUAAUUCCAUGAACCUUUUCAGCAAGCAUUGCUCUUAGAAUUUUCGGCCACUUUUCUGGCCAUGGAAACUUCUGUGGACGAUAAUGGAGCGCCUGAGUCAUGGGAGCUCGCUGACCUUGAUGAGAGCAUGAAGAGGUUAAUGGUGGCCUGUAACAACAGAUCUUCGAGCUCUUCUCAGGCGCCAGAGAAUGAUUUUCCGGCAAGUUCAGUUCCUGUUCAGGCCACUUCGAUGCCUUCUUCUAGUGAAUUUUCCGAUGAUUCUUUGAACCAGGUGGAUCAGUUCCUCAGAGAAGCUCUUCAGAACCCUAGAGAACGGCUAUCCAUCCUAAGAAUGGAACAAGAUGUCGAGAAGUUUAUACGUGACCCCAGGCAACAACAACUUGAGUUCCAGCAGCUGCCCACCUCCUACCUGCGCCUUGCUGCUCACCGUGUUGCCCAACACUAUGGCCUCCAGUCCAUGGUCAUGCUUGACAACAGCUUACCUGAUGGAUCAGGCUCCCGAAUAGUCAUUAGAAAGACCUCAGAUUUCCGCGUCCCUCUUAUACGUUUAGCUGAUAUACCUGCAAACCUCCCUCAAGAUGAAAGCAACAAUGUGGUUAAGGUCGCCAUCAAGCAAAGACCGCAAAAAAGAAGCCAAACCAUCAAUAGUGGCAGUACCCAUUCUUCCAAAGUAAACCUCUCUAAAACUGUAGAAGAGAGAAAGGAAGAGUACAAUAGGGCAAGAGCCCGGAUAUUCAGUUUAAGUAAUAGUAGCAACACAGUGGGAAAAUCAGAUGGAGAGUCUACUGUUCCCGAUGGAUUUCAACAGGGCUCAUCGGUAUUGGUUAGGAUGGAAGAUAAACCAGUAGUUGGUGAGAGCUUGGAAAGCAACCAUGGCAAAGGGGUGGGAGAGUCUUCUUCAGGGAGCGGUAGGGCACAAAGGAGUAGAGCUGAGAAAGAGAUUGCUAAUACUAGUAUAUAUAAGAUGAAUAGUAGGGUAGCUAUCUUUCGGGACCGGGAGGUUGACCGCAAGGACCCCGAUUAUGACCGCAGUUAUGAUAGGUAUAUGCAAAGGUUUGAUCCUGGAUUUGGUUAUAGCACUGGCGGUCCUUACACUAUACAACCACUGUACUCCCCAGCUAUAAAUUAUAACACUGAAUUUCCUCAGCUUGGAGCAACUUCUCAUAGGGCACAGAUACCUAUUGACCAUCAACAACCUCAUCCUAUUCCUCCUCAGCAUAUUCGUGGACCUUGGGGACCUCCAUCACAAAAUCCGCUUGGCUAUGGACCCCCAGAUAACUUGAUCCCACCCUUCAAUCCUAAUCAUGUUGGUGCUCCCUCCCCAUCUCCUGUCUACUUGCACUCCUCGCAGUAUGCAUGCCCCCGAUUGCCUGGGGUGCCAUUUGUUCAUCCUCAUGAGCAUGUCCAAUCCUUUGCACAGGUGAGAGAGAGAGAGAGAGCAUCCUCAUGAGCAUGUCCAAUCCUUUCAGCAGGAGCGAGAGAGA